UUGCACUUUUGAGUCAACCUCUUCAUUACCAAAUAAUUUGAUUCCUCAAAGCCGCCAAAGUACAAUAUUUAGCUGUCCUUUUCAAGUUUCAACUAAUUUUGUCUCUCAUUGUCUGUACUUAUCAACCCUUUCUAAUAAAAUACCCUUUAUUACAGUGCUUUCCUGAAGAAAAACAAAAUAUUGUGUUUGUUUGAGAGAGAGAUUAUCAAAUGCAAGUGAAGAAAGUAGAGUAUCUUGACGUGCUUACAAAAACUGGAGAAAAAACUGGCAUCUCUAAACCCAGAGGGGAUGUUCACAGAGAUGGAGACUACCAUCGAGCAGUACAUGUAUGGAUAUUUUCCGAGAGUACACAAGAACUACUCCUCCAACUACGUGUUGACUGCGGUUUGUGGGAUAUCUCGAGUGCCGGUCAUGUAUCUGCUGGAGAGUCAUCUCUUAUUUCAGCAAUGCGAGAGCUUCAAGAAGAACUUGGUAUAACACUUCCGAAGGAUGCAUUUGAAUUAAUAUUUGUUUCAAUUCAAGAGCGCACUUACAAGGGUACUUUCAACAACGAAUAUGAUGAUGUAUAUCUGGUGACAACUACAGAUCCAAUUCCUUUGGAGGCCUUUACACUGGAAUCAAAAGUUUCCGCUGUAAAAUAUAUGUCUUUUGAGGAGUAUAGAAGAGUGCUUGCUCAAAAAGAUCCUGAUUAUCUGCCCCUUGCGAAUGAUGAAUAUGGUCAGCAGCUCUUUACAAUAAUUGAGAAGAGGUAUAAGGAAAAUGCUGAAACUAGAAGUUUGACUAUUGAGAAGCAGCUAAACCGCUAUGCUAGCAUUUCUCUCUCUGCAGAGUUGACUGGACUGACUGCCGCAGACAAAGAAGCACUAUCUCUACUUGUUAAGGCUGCAGCAAUCAUGGACAAAAUUUUUUAUCAACAGGUUUGGUAUAGCAAUCCAUCUUUGAGAGACUGGUUAAAUGAGCACGCAGACAAAUCACAGUUGGACAAGUUAAAAUGGAUGUACUAUGUAAUAAAUAAAAGUCCAUGGUCUAGCCUGGAUGAAAAUGAGGCUUUUCUGACAACUGCAGAUUCGGCUGUCAAGCUGCCUCCAAAUGCGACAAAGCCUGUAUCAGGUUGGAAUGGUCUUGAAUAUAGAACAGCAUUUCCUAUCUUGAAACCACCUGGUGCGAGUUUUUACCCACCAGAUAUGGACAAAAUGGAAUUUAACUUAUGGAAAGAUAGUCUUCCAGAAGAUCAACAGAAAGAAGCAAUGGGCUUUUUCAAUGUUAUUAGAAGGUGUAGUGAAUCAUUCUUGGAAAAUAUGAUAUCCCACAAAACGGAAAAUGGCACUAGCUCCCUUCAUGAUCUGUAUGUGGUUCCGUAUUCUCAAGAGUACUACUCUCUCCUUUCUGAAGGAGCCACCUUGCUACGCAGUGCAGGAGACCUGACCAGCUCAACUAGUUUAAAGAGACUUCUUUAUGGCAAGGCUGAAGCAUUCCUUUCAAAUGAUUAUUAUGAUUCAGAUAUUGCUUGGAUGGAAUUGGACUCCAAGUUGGAUGUCACCAUUGGCCCUUAUGAAACUUAUGAAGAUGCACUUUUUGGGUACAAGGCAACAUUUGAGGCAUUUAUAGGAGUCCGAGAUGACGAAGCAACAGCCCAAGUCAAAUUGUUAGGAGAUCAUCUGCAGGUUUUGGAGGAGAAUCUGCCAAUGGACAAUAUUUACAAGUCAGAAAAUGUUACAGCUGCUCCUAUCCGGGUUAUCCAGCUUCUUUACAAUGCAGGGGAUGUGAAGGGCCCUCAAACAGUUGCAUUUAAUCUUCCAAAUGAUGAACGUAUAGUAAAAGAUCGAGGAACAUCAAUGGUCAUGCUUAAGAAUGUUUCGGAGGAAAAGUUCAAGCUUAUCCUUAAGCCUAUAGCUGAUGUGUGUAUUAUGGAAGAACAGCGAGAGUUGGCGGACUUCGAAUCAUUCUUUACUCACACUAUUUGUCAUGAAUGCUGCCAUGGUAUUGGGCCUCACACAAUCACGCUUCCGAAUGAGCAGAAGUCAACAGUCAGACUAGAGCUGCAAGAACUUCAUUCAUCAAUAGAAGAAGCAAAGGCAGAUAUUGUUGGUCUUUGGGCUCUUAGGUUUCUAAUGGACAAGGAUUUGCUUCCGAAAAGCCUGGACAAGUCAAUAUACGUCUCUUUUCUUGCUGGAUGUUUCCGCUCGGUACGCUUUGGAUUAGAGGAAGCUCAUGGGAAAGGACAGGCAUUGCAGUUUAACUAUUUGUUCGAGAAAGGCGCAUUUAUUUUACGCCCUGAUGAAACAUUUGCCGUUGACUUUGAAAAGGUUGAAGAUAGCGUCGUGAGCUUGAGCAGAGAAAUUCUCACAAUACAAGCAAGAGGCGACAAAGAAGCUGCUAGAACGCUUCUUCAGAAAUAUGGUGUGAUGACACCACCACUGAAACACGCACUUAAAAAGCUGGAAAUAGUUCAGGUUCCGGUGGAUAUUAUUCCUGAUUUUCCCAUUGCUAACCAAAUUUUACGUGGUGCCAACUGAAGACUGUUCGGCUUCCUUUAUCACAGAAAAGCCACUAAACGACACACUGGCCCCUCAUGCCUGUUGGUCCUAACAACAAAGUAAUUUUCACACUAGUUGUUUCCAGGGUUGAUGCAUUCUCGAAAACCAGUAAAUGCCUAUAAUUGAUUUAUAAUCAGUUUGUUUACAAUGUUUUAUUUCCAAAAUAAGGAUAUCAUGUUUUCUUUUUCUCCUCUUACUGUGUAGACAAGGUACUUCUGCAAAUAUUUAAUUUGAUGAAGAGCUAGAAUGCUCAUGGUCCAUGGACUAGACAGAACAAUGAUAUUAAUGAUAUCCCAAUUUUCUUGUUUUGAGUAA